ACCCAAUCCAUGGACGCGAGCCUCCUUCCUCUUCCUUCCACUUGGACUUGGACUGUCAGCCUGAUCGCCCCCUCCAUUCUUGCCCAGCAGCCCCCCUCGCCUCAAUUCGUUCCUUCUCUUGCACACCUUCACCUUUUGCAGUCACCGGUCUCAACCGACAGGGGUUCCCUCACCGCUCCCCCGCGUUUCCCGCCCCGUCCUUCUUUUUGCCCUUUUUUUCCACUCGAGGAAGCAAAUUGCAUUGUUCCACUCUCCCGACUAUCCGUGUGGUGCAUUCCAGGUAGGGCCAAACCCACCAUUCCCGCCCCCAUCGUCCCCGUUUACGGUUCCCUGGGGAGGAGCGAGGGUAUUGCCGCUCCAAGGACCCAAUUGCGCGGUUCACUACCUAGGGUUGCCACUCUAUCACAGCCGGCGACAGGGGCCUCUUUUGACCAUUCGCCGAAGCCCUUCCGGACUGAAUAGCAGAAUUUCUUGCCAUGCGGUGAGCAUCCCGGCCUGUCACCGCGCCGGGAGACACGCCAUCCUGAUUCCUAGCGAGGACGCCAGCCUGAGCCUGCCGCCCUCUGUUGCUCGCUGCUACUCGUGCUGCUCGCCCGUUGGUUCUCGUGCUGCUCGCCCGUUGGUUCUCGUG